AUCCAUGGCACGGAGUAGCGGCUGCAGCGGCGGCGGCAGGAUCCCGGCGCGAUCCGCUAGGUCCCAGCCCAACGCUGAGCGAGUAGGAGACGCGCAGCGGCCGGGCUUUCACCGGCCCAGUAGCACUGCCCUGAAACUCGGGCCGCGCCGCCGGGGGCUGCCGGAGCUGCGCUGACAGCCGCACCCGCGUCCUCCCCGGCGGGGCGCUCGCCGGACAUGCCCCCGGGGCGCGGCGGCGGGGACCCCAGGGCUUGCAUCCGCCCAGGGCCCCCCGCCCCGCCCUCGGGCGCCCUGGGCCCCCGCUGAGCACGCCUCCCGCACCGCCGGGUCCCUCCCGCCGGCUCGCAGCUUGGCCCCAGCACUGUGGGUCCCCGCGGGGCGAUGGGCUGAUGGGCGCCAGGGGACGCAGGAUGCGGGGGACGCCCGCUCGCCUCCUGCUGCCGCUGCUGCCGUGGCUGCUGCUCCUGGCGCCCGAGACUCAGGGCGCGCCCGGCUGCCCGGUCCCCAUCCGCAGCUGCAAGUGCUCAGGGGAGCGGCCCAAGGGACUGAGCGGCGGCACCCCAAACCCGGCACGCAGGAGGGUAGUGUGCGGCGGCGGGGACCUUCCAGAGCCUCCGGAGCCUGGCCUUCUGCCAAACGGCACCGUUACCCUGCUUUUGAGCAACAACAAGAUUACUGGGCUCCGCAAUGGAUCUUUCUUGGGACUGUACCUGCUGGAGAAGUUGGACCUAAGGAACAAUGUCAUCAGCACUGUGCAGCCUGGAGCCUUCCUGGGCCUGGGGGAGCUGAAGCGUUUAGAUCUUUCCAACAACCGGAUUGGCUGUCUCACCUCUGAGACCUUCCAAGGCCUUCCCAAGCUUCUCCGACUAAACAUAUCUGGAAACAUAUUCUCCAGUCUGCAACCUGGGGUCUUUGAUGAGCUGCCAGCCCUUAAGAUUGUAGACUUUGGCACAGAGUUCCUGACCUGUGACUGCCACCUCCGCUGGCUGCUGCCCUGGGCCCGCAAUCACUCCCUGCAGCUGUCCGACCACACACUCUGUGCCUAUCCCAGCGCCUUGCAUGCCCAGACCCUGGGCAGCCUCCAAGAGGCUCAGCUCCUCUGCGAGGGGGCCCUGGAGCUGCACACACACCACCUCAUCCCAUCCCUGCGCCAAGUGGUGUUCCAGGGUGACCGGCUGCCCUUCCAGUGUUCUGCCAGCUACUUGGGCAACGACACCCACAUUCGCUGGUACCACAACCGGGCCCCUGUGGAGGGUGAUGAGCAGGCAGGCAUCCUCCUGGCUGAAAGCCUCAUUCAUGACUGCACCUUCAUCACCAGCGAGCUGACCCUGUCUCACAUCGGCGUGUGGGCCUCAGGCGAGUGGGAAUGCUCUGUGUCCACGGUCCAGGGCAACACCAGCAAGAAGGUGGAGAUUGUGGUGCUGGAGUCCUCUGCCUCCUACUGCCCUGCUGAGCGUGUUGCCAACAACCGUGGGGACUUCAGGUGGCCUCGAACUCUUGCUGGCAUCACAGCCUACCAGUCCUGCCUACAGUAUCCCUUUACCUCGGUGCCCCUGAGUGGGGGUGUUCCAGGCACCCGAGCCUCCCGCCGAUGUGACCGAGCUGGCCGCUGGGAACCAGGGGACUACUCUCAUUGUCUGUACACCAAUGACAUCACCCGGGUGCUCUACACCUUUGUGCUGAUGCCCAUCAAUGCCUCCAAUGCGCUGACCCUGGCCCACCAGCUGCGAGUGUACACGGCUGAGGCUGCCAGCUUCUCGGACAUGAUGGAUGUAGUCUAUGUGGCUCAGAUGAUCCAGAAAUUUUUGGGUUAUGUCGACCAGAUCAAAGAGCUGGUGGAGGUGAUGGUGGACAUGGCCAGUAACCUGAUGCUGGUGGACGAACACCUGCUGUGGCUGGCCCAGCGCGAGGACAAGGCCUGCAGUGGCAUCGUGGGUGCCCUGGAGCGCAUCGGGGGCGCUGCCCUCAGCCCCCAUGCCCAGCACAUCUCUGUGAACUCAAGGAACGUGGCAUUGGAGGCCUACCUCAUCAAGCCACACAGCUAUGUGGGCCUGACCUGCACAGCCUUCCAGAGGAGGGAAGGAGGACUGUCAGGUGGACGGCUGGGAGGCCCUGGCCAGAACGCCCUGCCCGAACCUGAGCCCCCAGCUGAUCAGCAGCUCCGCUUCCGCUGCACCACCGGGAGGCCCAACAUUUCUCUGUCAUCCUUCCACAUCAAGAACAGCGUGGCCCUGGCCUCCAUCCAGCUGCCCCCUAGCCUGUUCUCAUCCCUUCCGGCUGCCCUGGCUCCUCCAGUACCCCCAGACUGCACCCUGCAACUCCUCGUCUUCCGAAACGGCCGCCUCUUCCGCAGCCAUGGCAACACCUCCCGCCCAGGAGCUGCUGGGCCUGGCAAGAGGCGUGGUGUGGCCACCCCGGUCAUCUUUGCAGGAACCAGUGGCUGUGGCGUGGGAAACCUGACUGAACCUGUGGCUGUUUCACUGCGGCACUGGGCUGAGGGGGCUGACCCCAUGGCAGCUUGGUGGAGCCAGGAGGGGCCUGGGGGAUGGAGCUCUGAGGGCUGUCGGCUCCGCUCCAGUCAGCCCAAUGUCAGCUCCCUACACUGCCAGCACCUGGGCAACGUGGCCGUCCUCAUGGAGCUGAGUGCUUUCCCCAGGAAGGCAGGGGGCUCUGGGGCUGGGUUGCAUCCUGUUGUGUACCCGUGCACAGCCCUGCUGCUGCUCUGCCUCUUCUCCACCAUCAUCACCUACAUCCUCAACCACAGCUCUAUUCAUGUGUCCCGGAAGGGUUGGCACAUGCUGCUGAACCUGUGUUUCCACAUGGCCAUGACCUCUGCUGUCUUUGCCGGGGGCAUCACACUCACCAACUACCAGAUGGUCUGCCAGGCGGUGGGCAUCACUCUGCACUACUCUUCAUUGUCCACACUGCUCUGGAUGGGGGUGAAGGCCCGAGUCCUGCACAAGGAGCUCACCUGGAGGGCACCCCCUCCACAAGAAGGGGACCCUGCCCCGCCUGCUCCCCGCCCCAUGCUCCGGUUCUACUUGAUUGCUGGAGGCAUUCCACUGAUCAUCUGUGGCAUCACCGCUGCAGUCAACAUCCACAACUACCGGGACCACGGUCCCUACUGCUGGCUGGUGUGGCGUCCUAGCCUCGGAGCCUUCUACAUCCCGGUAGCUUUGAUUCUGCUGAUCACCUGGAUCUACUUCCUGUGUGCAGGGCUGCAUUUGCGGGGUCCUCUGGCACAGAGCACAAAGGCAGGCAACAGCAGGAUCUCCUUGGAGCCUGGAGAGGAGAUGAGGGGUUCCACCAGACUCAGGAGCAGCGGCGCCCUUCUGAGUGACUCAGGCUCCCUUCUGGCUACCGGGAGCGCUGGAGUGGCGACUCCCGGGCCCCUUGAGGACGGUGACGGCCUCUAUUCUCCGGGAGUCCAGCUGGGGGCGCUGAUGACCACACAUUUCCUGUACCUGGCUAUGUGGGCCUGCGGGGCUCUGGCAGUGUCCCAGCGCUGGCUGCCCCGGGUAGUGUGCAGUUGUCUGUAUGGGGUGGCGGCCUCUGCCCUGGGCCUCUUCGUCUUCACGCAUCAUUGUGCCAGGCGCAGGGACGUUAGGGCCUCCUGGCGUGCCUGCUGUCCUCCUGCCUCGCCUUCGGCCUCCCACACCCCACCCCGAGCCCUGCCCGCCCCCCUAGAGGACGGUUCCCCAGUGCUGGGGGAGAGGCCCGCCUCCCUCAAAUCCUCUCCCAGCGGCAGCAGCGGCCACAUGCCACCACUGGGCCCCUGCAAGCUCACCAACCUACAGCUGGCCCAGAGUCAGGUGUGCGAGGCAGGGGUUGCAGCACGUGGGGAAGGGGAGCCAGAGCCCACGGGCUCCCGGGGGAGCCUUGUUCCCCGCCACCCCAACAACUUGCACCAUGGGCGCCGAGUGCACAAGAGUCGGGCCAAGGGGCACCGCGCGGGGGAAGCUGGGGGCAAGAACCGGCUCAAGGCCCUGCGUGCAGGAGCGGCCCCCGGGGCGCCAGAGCUGCUAUCCAGCGAGAGCGGCAGCCUGCACAACAGCCCUUCCGACAGCUACCCAGGCAGCAGCCGCAACAGCCCAGGCGCCGGUCUCCCGCUGGAGGGCGAGCCCAUGCUCACCCCGUCCGAGGGCAGCGACACCAGCGUCGCACCACUCCCCGAGACCGGGCGGCCCGGUCAGCGCCGCAGCGCCAGCCGCGACAAUCUCAAAGGUGGCGGCGCGCUGGAGAAAGAAAGCAAGCGCCGCUCGUACCCGCUCAACACAGCCAACCUGAACGGUGCCCCCAAGGGGGGCAAGUACGACGACGUCAACAUGACAGGCGCAGAGGUGGCUGGGGGCGGUUGCAUGAAGACAGGCCUCUGGAAGAGCGAAACCACCGUCUAGGGCAGGGGCGGGGGACGCUUUAGUAUAGGCCGGUCACAAGGGCUCAUACCGGGGCCCUGAAAGACGUCUACCAAUACGUCAAUAGGUUUGAGGUGGCCAUCCCGAUGGCUGCAUGUGAGCCCAC